AUGGCCUCGUCAUCCGCUGAGGGUUUGGCCCGCCUCUUCCUGGCCCGCCUUCCGCCAGAUGAACAGCCUGCUGCAGUGGACGCCGUCAUCACAGACUUGUAUGAGCGCACCACGCUACGCCAUAUCGAUUGCCCAUCUGCCAUCCUGUCUGCCGAACUGUCCGCUGAGCUGCUGAAAAAGUGUCCAGAGACCAAUGAGAAAAAUGCGUCGGCCGCUCGGUUGGGGCGUGUGUUGAUGGAGAUUAUCAACAACACUACCCACGAUGCCAUCCCUUCUGACCUUGUCCAACUUUGCAUCCGUCAUCCAUCUCUGGCAAGCCAUGUCUUCGCUGAAGCCACUUCCUUCCUUGCCCUGACCUCUGCUCGGCUUAGAAGUGAAGGCGCUCUCGCUGCCCCAGCGUCUGCCGUUAGCUGGACCUCUCCCGUGCUACCGCUGGAGUCCUCUACCAGCGAUGAACAAGCAGACCGCACUGUCCUCUAUCUGACUUUUCUCAAACUUUUCUUCUGGUCGAAUGCUGCGUGCACCGUCUCUGUGGAUCUCCUCCAAGCUCUGCUUGUCGUCCUAGGCGCCCGUGCUGAGAAGUUGGCCCAUGCAAGUAGAGACUGUCUUGCUGCCGCUUUCCACAGUCUUCACACUGGCACCGCCGUCCUCGACGAAACCCUUGAGCCCGUCUCGGGCGUGUUCGGCCCUCUGAAGAUCCCUAUUGGAGAAUCCAUAUGGAGUCGGAUCAUCGACCUGCUUUCUACACCGUCGGAUCUAGGUUACUGGCCUUCCGCAUUCCACAUCUGGUUCCGCUGGUUUGCGCUUAAGGGGCAUCUCGGUCCUUCCCGCUCGAUCAUGAAGCAGCAUCAGUACUGGGAGUCUUUGCAACUGGGUCUGCGGGAAGGCUACUCCGAGCAACGAAAGUUUUGCUUGCACAUCCUGACAGCGUCAGUUCGCAUGGCCAUGGCCGAGGGCGAGGAUUUACAUCCGUAUGUCUCAGGUGCCACACAACCCGGCUUCGAAACCAACUUCACCAAAUACUGUACGCUCUUUGAGACCAUCAUCCUCGGGAGAUAUCUCAAUCAAAUAGAGGAAUGCAUGCCGGAUCUACAAACCCUAGCUUGGAAAUCAAGCAUACAUCCCACAUGGAUCAUCACUCUUUUGCGAGCUUCUCUCCGCUCUGGAGUUCAGGACGGCAUUCGUAAACUCGUCGGAAACAGGAUUUUGCAAGGCCUCAUCCCAAUGCCACAGGCCGCUUCUGACGCCUACCAGGGGCUCCUUGCAUCGGCUUUCCUACCGUGGGCUACACAGGGCUUUUUGUUCACGGCGAGCCUCCGACGGAACAGCCACCAUGUUCGCUGCGAACACGCCGAGAGUCUGUGUUCUUUCAUCUCUCAACUUCUAGAUGGUUGCGCCGAGGGCCAAUCCCGGCAGACUUUCGCAAGAGUCAUUCUCUCAUUCAUUGAAGAGCGAGGCCAGUACUUCUUUCCACAGGCGCUUCCUUACUGCCUGCAGGGGAUCAUCGAUGGGUUCGCGCGAGAAGGUGGAAUCAGGACAAAGCUAGCAGUCGAGGAUAUUCCCCUGCUUGUCCGAGUGGCAACCCGUUCCGGCCUCCCCGAGGUUGCGCGUGAUUGCUCAACUGCUGCAGCAUCGGUUCUCAUCGAAGAGGCCGUCUCAGACCAACCGGAGCUGCUGAAGGCAAUGCCUGGCUAUCAUCUUUUAAAGCAACGCUGGGAUGACGUUCGCAAUCCGAAUGAUAUCAAGUCUGAAUCUGCCCUCGAUAUCGGCAGGCUCAGCUUGGACGCCGAAAGUAAAGCACCCCUCAAGUCAUUCGUGCAGACACUGCACGAGAGUCAAUAUCGUUGCCUGCAGGGCGACGGACUUCUCAUUGCAUGUCGCCACCUAGCCCAUGUAAUUCGCCAGGACAGCGAAUUGGAGCCCAAGGACCUGCAUACCACGCUAGAAGCAAUUUGGGACGAAAUGGAAACUCAAGAAUACCCAAGGCCUUCUCUCAUGCUGCUGCCGGAAAUUUUUUACCACCCCAAGUGCCUUCGCGCUGCAUCGGAAGAGACGAGGACCUUCCUGGCUCGGGCAUUGCCCGACUUUCACACCUUCACCGAGGGAAAAAUCUAUGUUCUUCCGCCGCUGGUCAAGGCACUUCGAAGGGCUUACCUCCAGGUUCCAGAGAUGGUCGACUUCUUACCGCUUGAAGAGUUCAUUGUCCGCUUUGCUACUCACCCACCGACGGCGAAGCUGGAAUUUUUGAUGGAGGCGGCGGUCGCUGAGAAGCUGGCUGCCAUCGUGCCACACCGUACGUACACGUCGUAUUACGGCCCGGGAGAAUCUCAAGGAUAUGCGGCCAUGUUCGACCUGUUGAACAGAAUUCCCGAGUCUGACAACGCUUUCGCCAAGCGCAUUUUCGACCAGCUGUUACAACCUUGGGUAAACCAGAGGUUGCCCAUACCGAUGGUUAGCAAGUGGAAAGCCACAAUCCAGGUGCAGACAAUGCUGCUUCUGUCUGAGAAUUGCUUGGUAGCCGCGCCAAAGGACGAAGUUGCGCUAUACCUGCGAAAGUUUACGAAGAUCCUCUCGGUGGAGCCUCUACCUCGCUAUCGUUUCCUCUGGGAGUGGAUGAUUGCUCGGAUCUACGUGCGAGAGCCCGAGCAGCGCAAAGAGUUGCUGGAUGUGCUCGGAGGCGACGAUCACUCGAACCCGAAACACUUGGCCUCGGUCAUGAAGAUGGCGGUAAUGGUGGCCCGUCUCCCCGACACCAACGAGGAAUUUGGGCACAAGCUCAUGACGUCUCUGAUUGCGCUUUCAGCCAGCCCCAAGAUUGUCAUUCGGCAUGAGGCCCAAUGGUCGUUCCCACCGCUUUGGGAUCAUGCCGAGGUCUGCGGGUGGACGAAGGUGACGAACAAUCCGGCCUUUUCAGCUCUCAACACUCACAUCAGGUCCCUCGACAAGUACUCGACCCCUCCGCCACAACGGAUACUCAAAUGGCUGGACCCGAUAAAGGACCACGACAUGGAGCUUCUGUUCGGAGGAAAGUAUCUCGACUUUGAUCCUGCCGAGGCCAGGCUCGUCUCGACCCAUGACUUCAAGGCUGUAUGGGCGGAGGAUGAGCAGGACUGCAAUUACCCGCCUCCACAGAUGCCACUAGGAGAGCACGAGAUGGAGAACACGGCCAGCGACCCCGCAAGCGAAUCCAAGGAGCAGUUCUCAGCCGUGGUCGGUGCGGACGAUGCUGCUGGCUUCCUGCAGACCAAGGGCAUGGCAUGGCAGGAGGCGUUGCUUGCAUCGCCGGCGGCGUCAUCGACGCGGCCCAGCACGCCGUUGAUCCUGGUCGGUUCUCUGAUCGACAAUGCCUACAACCUCGGCGGCCUUUCGCGGGCCGGGGAGAUCUUUGGGUGCGCAUCCAUGUACAUGCGGACUCUGGAGACGCUGAAGCACAAGGACUUCACGUCGGUGUCGGUGUCGUCACACUCGCACAUUCCGAUCCAUGCUCUCCCGCCAACAGAACUUCCCGAGUUUUUGCGGGCGUUGAAGGUGGAGGGAUACAAGGUGGUAGGAGUAGAGCAAACGGACCGAAGCCUUGUGCUGGGUGCGCCGGGCAGUGAUCUGCCGGAGAAGUGCGUGUUGGUGAUGGGAAGUGAGCGAGAGGGCAUCCCCGGCACGGUGCUGGCCGAAUGUGACGUCUGCGUAGAGGUCCGUCAGGUUGGUGUGACGAGGAGCCUGAAUGUGCAGACGGCGGCGGCAAUUGUAUUGUACGAGUAUCAGAGACAGCACUACGGGAAAUAG